AUCAUCUGUGAGCUCGGAUGAAUCGAGUUCAGACGAAGAAGAAAGACAGAGACUACGGGAUGCAGCGGUUGACCAUACAUCGUUGUCUGCAACUACGAGAGGUUCAACGUACUCAAAACAAAAGAAACCAAGUUUAAGGAGAAAAGAUGAGGAGGAUGCUGAUGCGGUUGGUGAUUAUCGCAGUAUCCAGGCAACAGCACAGUUCAGACACCAUGUUGCUAAGAGACUGGAUGACGAUGCUGGAUAGCUCUUUAGCAGAUGUUUCCAAAUCUGUGCAACCAUCGAAAAUCUAUGAUGAUACUGAUGAUGGAGGAUUCAAGUUGUUCUCCACAUCUACUGAUGGGGAUCCUGUAGAAGACACAUCAUAUCUCACUAAAAUAAACACGAAGAGGAAAGCAGUGCCGCAAACUAACAGUACUGAUAGUUCCGAAGAUGAAGAUGAGAAACUUAUCGAAGCAGCUGUGUCAUUGGAUAAGAUAGUACAGAUGGGCAAGACUGAAAGACUAUAUGACAAAACUCGGAAGGCAAAAGGACCUGUGAUAAAUGAGAAAGGUGAAAUUGUGACUGAGGAAAGUGGAAUUACACCACUGAAGAAGAAGAAGAAGAAGAAGAAGAAACCAAAACACAAGAAUGAAAACAUUUCUGAGAUAACGAACAAAGUUGAACAGGAUGAAGCAAAACAGAAACAAAAAGACAAUAAGUAUCAAGAAAAUGAGAAUCAACCGCAUUUUACAAAAAUAAAGAGAAAAAAACGUAGCAGUCGUGUUUGA